UUUACUCCUCGCAGAGAAGCCACACCAUGGCGUCGUGCGGAAGAAAGAGUCGAACCAAGUUAGUUCUUUGCCUCUUAGGCGUCACUUUGUUGGGGUAUCUGAUAUUUUUCAAACACCCAUCCGGGCACGUCGGCGCUGCAAACCGACGCGAAGUCUCCGCAGAGGGAGAGGAGGAGAACGAGCGGCUGAGGAGGCCCGUUUACGAGAAGCCCCCGCUGGAUUUGAAAGCCCCGGGUGAAAUGGGAAGAGCUGUUAAGCUGAAUUUGAACAAAGAGGAGAGAAUGAAAGAGGAGGAGAGCAUCCAGAAACACCAGAUCAACGCCUAUGUCAGUGACAGAUCUCUGCACCGCAGUCUGCCAGAGAGAUGGAGUCCACUUUGCAAAGAGCUCAAGUACGACUACAAGUCUCUGCCUACGACCACUGUGGUGAUUGCUUUCUACAAUGAGGCCUGGUCUACCCUGCUGAGGACGGUCCACAGCGUGCUGGAGACUUCUCCUGACAUCCUCCUCAGAGAGGUGGUGCUGGUGGAUGACUACAGUGACAGAGAUCACCUAAAGGAGCCACUGGAGAAGUACCUCUCAGGGUUGAAGAAGGUGCGUUUGAUCCGGGCCACAAAGAGGGAGGGGCUGGUCCGAGCCCGGCUGCUAGGGGCAUUCAUUGCCAAAGGCGAUGUGCUGACUUUUCUGGAUUGCCACUGUGAGUGCCACGAGGGCUGGCUCGAGCCGCUGCUCAAGAGGAUCAAAGAGGAGCCCAAAGCGGUGUGCCCCGUCAUUGACGUGAUCGACUGGAACACCUUCCAGUAUUUAGGCAACUCCGGCGAACCUCAGAUUGGUGGUUUUGACUGGCGGCUGGUUUUUACAUGGCACACAGUCCCAGAAUAUGAACAGAAACGCCGUAACUCGCCCACUGACGUCAUCAGAUCUCCCACUAUGGCAGGCGGUCUGUUUUCUGUGAGCAAAAGUUACUUCCAUUACCUGGGGACAUACGACACAGGAAUGGAGGUUUGGGGAGGAGAAAACCUGGAGUUUUCUUUCAGAAUUUGGCAAUGCGGGGGUAGCCUGGAGAUCCACCCGUGCUCCCACGUGGGUCAUGUGUUCCCCAAAAAGGCCCCUUACUCACGGAGCAAAGCGUUGGCAAACAGCGUGAGGGCGGCAGAGGUGUGGAUGGAUGAGUACAAGGAGCUCUUUUACCAUCGCAACCCCCAUGCUCGACGGGAAGCCUUUGGAGAUGUGACAGAGAGGAGGAGACUGAGAGAGAAGCUGGGGUGCAAAAACUUUAAGUGGUAUCUGGAUAACGUCUACCCCGACAUUUUUGUCCCACAUGAUCGACCGGGCAUGUUUGGAAUGCUGAAGAGUCGAGGAAAGACCAACUACUGUUUUGACUACAAUCCUGGGGAUGACCAGGUGCUGGAAGGUCAUAGGGUCAUCCUCUAUCCAUGUCACGGCAUGGGUCAGAACCAGUUUUUUGAAUAUUCAGUCAAUGGGGAAAUAUGCUACAAUACCAGAGAUCCUGCUGGAUGUGUUGUGCAUGACAGCAUCAGCACUUACCUGACUGUCCUACAGUGCGAGAAACGAGGACGACCUGUUCCCAUGGACCAGAAAUUUAUCUUUCGAAAGGAUGGGACUCUGCUCCAUGUCCAGACCCAGAAGUGCAUUGAAGCAAUGGACCAGACCGACGAUGGGACACCAGCCCCGGCUCUGCAGCCCUGCUCUGACAUCCUUCGCCAGAAGUGGUUUUUUGAGGAGAAGCUGUAAACACUUUGUAUAUAUGGAGCAUCUCACCUGCUGAGGAUUCCUCUCUGAUCCCCCUUCCUAAUCAAACAACUUAAUCUUCCAUGCAAUUGCAACAAAGUUCAUAUUUUCUCAUGCAUGCAGUGCACAAAACUGACAAUAGGAAUUAUGACGAUUUUUCAAAGUGGGCCAGACUUGGUCUAAGACUAAGUGAUGAUCUAAAUUGCAUAUGGUGGCAUUCUGUCCAUUUUAUUGCUGUUGCAGAGACUCUUUCAGCUUCCUGUGCAGAAAUAAGGACGCCGAAACUUGUGCAUCAAUCCGACGGAAAUUAUGCAUUUAUAAAUCUGCCAAAAGAGCUUUUUAAAUGGCUGGCUGAUAUUUUUUUCUGAGCACAUCAUGAGGGCCUCUUUCUUGAUAUUUGGAUUUUCUCCUGUAGAGGGGGCUAACACUCCUCUCUGUGUUUGAUCCUUUCUGUCAGUGUGUCCUCGCUUCAUCAUGUGCCAGUAAGGACAAAUGAUUGGGUGUUUUAAUAGGAACCUUUUGAAAAGGUUGACUGCUUGAUGCUUCUUUAUAGCAGAAACUUAAAAGCAAAGUCAUAGAUCGCAGGUGUUAUGCGAUCCUAACCAUAACGCAUUACUACUGAAAACAUGGAAAACCACUCUGUUACUCGGCUUUGAUGUCACAUUUCACAUGAAGUGAAAUGUCCUGGGUCAUUUUUGAACAGUCCCACUCAAAAGUUUUCAUACACUCAUCAUUCACAUUAAAUGCCAUUUAUCCUUUUAUUUAAACUGUUGUUUUACCAGGGCUGUGACCUGCAACUUUGCCAAUUUGAAAACACAAGAGUCAGACUUUGAAUUUAUUUUAGAUUUUCCCUUUUCCAGUCGAAACACAGGCUCAAAUUUAUACAUUCUGCUCUAUUAAUAUUUGAGUAAAUGUCCCUUAGCAGGUUGCAGACAAACAUUGUAAUUCUUUGUUGCCCCUGAUGAGAUUCAGGUAUUGGACUACUUCUUUCAUUAAAAAUUAUGGAGCUCAUUUAAGUUGCUUGCUUUCCUGGCAUGAACUUAGCUUUUAAUCAUAGUUUAUAAAUUUUCAAAACAGUUGAGUUUAAGGCCAUAGAAGAAGCGUAACAGU